CUCAUGUUUACGUGGAAAACAUGGCGGCGGACUACCAACAAGGAGACAGCUAGUUAGUGCCAGUGGAAGUCUCUGGGAGCGAGCCACGAGUCAUAUAGAGAGAGGGACAUUUAGCGGUUAGCUUUUAAAUUUCUCUCGCGGAUACUUCGCAUGAGGCAGUUUCUCUGUUUGUUUAGCCACAGGGACUGCGGGGAUGGAAGACGAGGAGAGGCAAAAGAAGCUGGAGGCCGGCAAAGCAAAGUUGGCUGAGUACCGCCAGAGAAAAGCUCACGCCGACUCCCAGAAGAAACAGAAAAAGAAGAAGAAAAAGAAGCCAGGCGAGGAUUCGGAGGGGCAUUCACAGGGAAGGGUGGAGGUCGAACUGAAUCAGUCUGUGGGAGGAGAGGAGGUCACAGGUGGAGGACAAGAUGGAUCACAAGAAAGAAACAGAGACCCACACACCACGGAGUUUACCUUCACCAAGACGCUCAGGAGUGGAGACACUGUCAGGCAUGACCAGACGUACAACAUAGAGCCAGAGAGUGAAGUUUCCACCACUGCAGAGGAUUAUUCCUCAGAGGUAAAUGGAUGCCUUGAUGAGAUCACAGAGCACCAAAUGAUGUCUUCAAAGGAUUUUAUCUGGGAGGAGGUGGAGUCCCUGCAACAGGUGACAAAAGGUGGUACGAGGCAGGAUUUGGAGGAUGCGCUAGAGGCCAAGACGCGGGCAGUGGAGGAGCUGAGUCGAGAGCUUGACGAAAUCAGGUCUGCGUUUGGUGCAGAAGGCAUGCAGCAGCUGCAGGAGUUUGAAGCAGCACUGAAGCAGCGAGAUGGCAUCAUCACCCAGCUCACAUCCAACCUGCAGCAGGCCCGUAAAGAGAAAGACGAGAUCAUGAAAGAGUUUUUGGAGCUGACCGAGCAAAGCCAAAAACUACAAAUUCAGUUCCAGCAGCUGCAGGCAGGUGAAUCACUGAGGAAUACGAGCCACAGCAGCACCGCGGCUGAUCUUCUACAGGCCCGGCAGCAGCUUGUUCAGCACCAACAGCAGCUGGACGAGAUGAAUGUUGAGGUCAGAAAACUCCAGGAAGAGAUCAGUGAGAUGGAGUCGUCAGGGAGAAGAGCUGAAGAAUCAUUUGUCCAAAGGAUAAAUGAAAAGGACUUGCUGAUUGCUCAACAAGAAAACCUUAUUUCGAGUCAGGAGCAGUCACUGACAGAGUUGAGAGCAGCAGAGGGGUCUUUUGCACAAACACUGAGGGAGAAAAAUCAGUUAAUUUCAGAGCAAACUGCAAUAAUCACAGAACAUGAGCGGUCACUGACUCUGCUCAGAGAUGAACUUGCUCAUGUGGGAAGGACUACAGAUGAGAAUAUUAUACCGCAGUCAGAUGAGAAAGAUCUCAUUAUAGCAGAGAAGGAGAGAGUCAUUUUAGAACGUGACUGUUCUGUUACGCAGCUCGAAGAUGAGCUGGAGACCUCAGAGAAACAUCUGCGCGAGCUCCAACAGCGAAUGGCUGUAAAGGAAUCGGAGCUGGAAAAAUGUCUGGAUGAGUUGGAAAGCACAAGGUCUGACUUGGAGAGUUAUAAAAAUGAAGUAGAGAGUUGUAAAUUACAACUGGAGACGGAGCAAAAGGAGUUGGAAAUUUGUAAGAGUGAACUUGUGACCUCCAGACAGAAAGAGCGAAUGUCAUCUAAUGAAAUCAUGCAGCUCAUGGGCACAGUCGAAGAUCUGCAGAAGCGUUGUCACCGGGGCAGCAUGUCUGAGAGUGACACCGUUCAAAAAAUGCAGGGAGAGACCGAGAGGAAGCUGGAGCUUCUCAGGGCGGAGCUGGACGAGAUGUACGGCCAGCAAAUUGUCCAGAUGAAGCAGGAGCUUAAUUUGCAGCAUGCAGCGAGAGUGCAGCAAAUGACUGAGCAACACCACGCAGAGCUCGAGCUUCUAAAAGCGCAACAACUGUCCCAAACUCCCACUGGCAGUGCUGCUGAGGUGGGUGCACUUAACACUAAGAUUAGGGAGCUCCAAGAAACUUUAGAGCAGUUUCAAUCUAUGCACAAAAAAGCCAGACAUGAGCUUAGCGAAGUAGCCAGAGAGAAGGUCAGCCUGCAGGCCAGGGUGGAUGGUCUUCUUCAAGAGCUGCAUUUAGCUAACGACAAAGUGGAGCAGGUAUCCCACAGUCUUCUCUCUCAGGAAAGCCAACAAGUUGAGCUGCAGCAGCUCCAAGAGACCAUUGACAAUCUGAGGAGUGAGCUGUCUGCUGCUCAGGAAGCCGCACAAGAAGCUGAAACUAAACAUGAAUCUGAAAUAACCAAUUACAAGAUUAAGCUGGAGAUGAUGGAGAGGGAAAAGGAUGCUGUGCUGGACCGCAUGGCAGAGUCACAGGAAGCAGAGCUGGAACGACUGAGGACCCAGCUUCUGUUUAGUCAUGAAGAAGAGCUCACCAAUCUGAGGGAAGACUUGCAAAGAGAGAACUUCUUAAACACAGAAAACCUUCUCAAUGAAGCUGCUAUCAAACACGAGAAAGCGCUGGAUGAGCUGCGCGCUGGUUAUGAAGAAGAAGUGCGUUUGUUACAAAGGGAGAAAGCAGAAUUUGCCACAGAACGGGAUGAACUUUUGCACCAGAUUCUUGGACUCAAAGAAGACCUGAAGAUGGCUUUGCACAGCUCUAAAACAGACAAGCUCGUCCAGCAGCUCCAAGAGCUCCAGGUCGAGCUUGAGGAACUCAGAAAGGGUGGAGAAGAACGAGCAAGAAUGGAGACUGAAAUGCAUACAAUACUAAAAAAGACGGACGUACUUGAAAACCAAGCAAAAGAGCGAGAGCAGCACUGGGAGAACAAGCUUAAAGAGCAUGAACAGGAAAAGGAGACGCUGAUCCAAUCAAAUAACACUUUGAAAGAAGAGAUUAGCUCAAAAAUCACGAAAAUUGAGACACUCACGGCAGAGAACAAUCAAAUCCAGCAACAAGUAGCUGAGCUUAGGGAAGAAGUAGAAAAGCAGAGGACUACUUUCUCUUUUGCUGAAAAGAAUUUCGAGGUCAAUUAUCAGGAGCUGAAGGAAGAGUACAAGUGUCUCAUUGAGGCAAAGACGCAGCUGGAAGAGAGGACACGGAAGGAGACGCUUGAAUUUGAGGCAAAAAUUGCCAGCCUUCAGUCACAGAUUCGAGAGCUGGAGGAGAGCAGCAACAUGGAGGACACAACUGAUAAAGCUGUGAUUGAAAAACACUCUACUGAACUAAUGGAGAAGCUUAAUGUUACUUUGAAUGAGAAGGAAAGCCUGACUGGAAGGCUUUCUGAAGUUACAGAGAAAUUAAUGUUUACAGAGAGCAAAGUGGGACAACUGGAAGAAGAGCUGAUGAAAGUGAGACGAGAAAACUCGGAGGUCAUUGCCCGAAAUGAAAUCCUAGAGAAGGAACUGGAAAAGGAGCAGGAGAUUACGACAGAGCAGAUAAGAGGGCAGGAUGCCCAGAGAAAAGCUAAGCUCCAGGAAGAUGAGGCAGCUCUUGAGACAGUUUGUUCUUCGGUGGAUCAUCACAUUCAGAUUCAGUCUCUGCAGGAAGAGAUCAAGGCUCUUCAGUCCCUCUUACAGGCAGCUGAACACGAGAGAGACGCCAUUCGGCAGACUCUGGAGCUCAACAGGCUCUCACAGACUCCGUCCCCGGCAGCGGUGCAGUCCUCGGGGGAGGGACCUGUUGAAGGACGAGCCUCCCCGCAGAAAUCCUCAGGCUCAGGGUCAAGCAGGCGCAAGAGGCGGCAGAGGUCGAAGCAGGAGCGCAAAGUGGGCUCAGCUCUUUCAGAAAGCAGAGAAGAAAGACUAGGGGAGGAGAAAGAGGAGGCAGCGACUGAAGAAGAGAGAGCUAAAAGUGCUGCAGAGGAUGAGAUGCAGCCUCAGAUGGAGAGACAGGUUGCAUCUCGUUCAGGAGAGGGGGCCGGUAAGGAGGACUCCACUGACGGAUACCAGGGAGACGGAGGCAGAGGCUACAUCAGCAGAGAGGUGAGCGGACAUGGGCCGACCGGCGGCUCGGAGCACGCUAUCGAGGGAGAGCCGACCGAACAUGGUGAGUGCAGGUUGCAAAUGGAGGCCCAGCGCAUUAGCCUGUCUCAGAUCCACGCUGCCCAGUUUGAGCUGCUGCAGGAGGAGACCGAUGCCCGCACACGCUCUCUGGAGCUGCAGCUGCAGGGCUUGAAAGAUCGCGGUGCGCAGGAUGAACAAAAAAGCUUCAAAUACCAGGAUGUGAUGCAAGCCGUGUCUGAAGAAUGCACUGCGAUUAUUCUGUCUUUUCGAAAAAUCUUUGGUGAAAAGUUUUUGGUGAGCGUCGAUGCAGAGAGCAAGCCGCUCACUUCAGAGGAGCGACCAGUAACUAGUGACUCCACCUCCAUGAUCCUGGAGGCCAGAGAGCUUUACAGAGAGCUUCAGCAGGUCAGAGAGAGGAUUGAGCAGGAACAUCGUCGACUCUCACAGCUCCAGGCUCUGCUGAGAGACGAUGGGAACAAGAUGAAUGAACUGCAGACAGCGUUCAGUGAGCUGAAGAGCAACAGUGAGAAGGAGAUCUCUGAUCUCCGAGAACAGGUCGCCUCUUUAAGCCCCUCAGCAAGCAAAGAUCUGGAGGAGCUGCCCGGUGCAUCUACUUCCCUGACCAUGGAGUUGCAGAGGCUGAAGGCCGAGGCCAAGGAGAAGCAGCUGAAGCUGGAGGAGAGUCACAGGCAAGAGAUGGAGCGUCUCAGAGCUCACUACCAGCAGCAGGCCACAGAGACGGAGGAGCGAUACGCAACGGAGCUCUUCAUGCUGCAGCAGCGACUGCAGGAGGUCACCACCCAAUACAGUGUUCCAGAGUCCGGCUCUGAGAGGAUGGAGGAGCACAGAGAGGAACUAAAGGAGCUGAGUGGGGAGGAUUUGUCAGAGGAAGAUGUGGAGCUGUCCCGAUCUGUCAGGGCUGCAGGCCUGACAGCACAACUGCAGGCACUGAGGAAAGCGCUCUAUCACAAGUACCUCCAAGAAGUCGCCGCUCUCAAAGAACAGCACAGCAAUGAGCUGAGGCGACUGAGAGAAGAAAGGGAACAGGAGGGGAGACCGGGAGACAGAGCAGAGAGAGAGCAGGAUCUCAACGAGAUCAGCGGUGCUGGAAGCUCCACCGAGAGCCUCGGGGUAGCCGCGCAGGUCCCUGUGGAAGAGAAGCAACACCGGGAGAGAGUGGAGGAGGAAGUCGCCAGAGCUAUAGUUCAGAUGUCUCUGGAGUUUGCACAGCAGACUGAGCUGGCUCGAAUCAACAAGCGUGCCCGUGAGACAAGCUCGUCCAUGCAGACCCAGUCGGACGAGGAGGCGCCGGUGGACGGGGAGAAAGAGGAGCCGACUCCCAGAGAUUCCCUCACUGCAGGCAGCAGGCUGGAAGAAGUUGAGAGGGAGAGACUGGAGAGGGAGCUCGUAGAGAGGGACACUGAGAUUAGGAAGUUAAAGGAGGAGCUGCAGAAAUCUGCAAAAUCAGGACCUGAGCAGAAGGAAGAUGGUGGUGAUGGAGAAGCCGAGGACGAUGAUGAUCCAGGCGGGUUGGGAACAGCGAAGGCUGAUGAACGCAAACGGUCUUCACAGGACGACGAAGAUUCUUCUGAUAAAGAGGCUGAGAGAAACUUGUUGCGUAAAGCCAACAUGAAGCUCAGUCAGGUGCUGGUUGAAGUCUUGAAGACCACAGCAGCAGCAGAGGAAACGAUGGGCCUCCACAUGCAGAGUCUGCGUGAUGCUUCCGGUGCAGCACAACUUCCCCACUCCACCACACAGUCAGCCAAUACAGAGCCACGCCGACUUUAUAACACAGGUUAUACUUCAGGACGUUUACAGGGCGGUGAGACUGCUGCAGACAAUGUGAGCAUGUGGUCCAGAGAGAUGGAGACUCCUGAGGGUCUGGAAGUGUCCCAGCAGAUGAUGGACAGUCUGCUGCUCGGGGCAGGGCCUCAGCUCGAGAACGAGGAAUAUUUAAUGGGAAUCAGCAGCCGACUGCAGACAGCUCUGGAGAAAAUGUUGAUGGCCAUCACUGACACCACUAACCAGGUCGAACAUGCCCGGAUGACCCAGACUGAGCUGAUGCGGGAGUCCUUCCGCCACAACAAGGAGAUGAACGAGCUCCUCCAGAAGCAGGAGGAGCUGCAGGAGAGGGUGAUGGAGGAGGCUCGGGCACGGGAGCAGCUGGCUCUGGAACUUCACCGAGCGGAGGGUCUGAUUGAUGGAUACACGGGUGAACGGGCAGCGCUGGAGGAGCAGUUGCGUCACAAGGAAGAGCUCCAACUGAGUCUCGAGCAAGAGCUGCAGGUCACUAGUACUCGACUUCAUGAGUUGGAGCAGGAGAAGUUUCAGAUGCAGGAAGAGCGCGAGCUGCUGUCACGGCAACAAGACGCAAUGAAGGAGGACGCCGGGCCCCGUGAGCUUCGCCUAGUUGAAGCUGCAAUGGUUGCAGCACCUGAAGCAGACCUGCUGGAGGAGACGGAGAAGCUGAUGAAAGAGAAGGUGGAGGUGCAGAGGCAGGCAGAGAAGGAGAACUCUGACCUCCUGAAACAGGUGAAGCUGCUGGAGGUGGAGCUGGAGGAGCAGGUCAACAGGGUGAUGGAGCUGGAGAGCACUCGGACGACAGAGAGCGGGGACCUCCGACAGCAGAUCCAGGCCCUGGAGAAACAGCUGGAGAAGAACAGGAAGUUUCUGGAUGAGCAAGCUGUAGACCGAGAACAUGAGAGGGAUUUCUUCCAGCAGGAGAUCCAGAAACUGGAGCAACAACUGAAGAACCCACAGAAGCUUCAGGCCAGCUCUGAGCAAAGAAACCAAGAGGUGGACCGGCUGACCUCCCAGCUGAAGGAGAAGGCGGAUUGGUGCAGUGAGCUGCUUCUCAGCUCGGAGCAGCUGCGUCGUGAGGUGGGAGAGCGCGACGAAGAGAUUGACAAGCUGGAGAGCCGCAUCCGUGAGCUGGAGCAGGCCCUGCUGGCCAGCGCUGAGUCUCUGGAGAAGGUUGAACAAAAGAAGCAGCAUGCAUCCAUCACAGAGACAAGACAGCCCACACUGGAAGCUCAGCUACAGACGGAGAGAGAAGCUCUGGAGCGGAAAGAGAAGGAGAUCCACAAUCUGGAGGAGCAGCUGGAGCAGUUCAGAGAGGAGCUGGAGAACAAGAGCGAGGAGGUGCAGCAGCUUCACAUGCAGCUGGAGAUCCAGAGGAAGGAGAUAAGCAGCCAGCAGCAGUACCUGGAAACAAGGGAGAGCAUGCUCCAGGUGAUGGAGGAGAAGGACAAUGAAAUAGCACUUCUUAAUGAACAGAUCACUAAGCUUCAACACAUGGAAACAACCUCUGACAACAAGGAAAUGGAUGAGAGGGAUGAGCUGAUAAAAGACUUGGAGUCUCAGGUGGAGUGCCUUCGGAGUGAACAAGAGCGUCUGAAGAGGAAGAACGAGGAGGAGCUCGACCAACUGAAUGAGGUCAUAGAAAAACUUCAGCAGGAACUGGCCAAUAUCGAGCAAAAGCAGCCUACAGAGGAAGAGGAGGACACCAAGGCAGAGUCAGAGGGUGAUGCUUGCGGGCCGAGUAAAGACGAGUAUGAUAAAAUGAAGCAGAGAAUGGACUUGGCCACAAAAGAGCUCGAGGCACUGAAAAAAGAGCACAGCAAGCUGCUGGAGACCUAUCUUCGCUUGAAAGAGAGCGCAGAAGCCUUGGCUGAAACGGAAAACCUGGAGAGCUCAGAGGGCGAGCUCGAGGAAGCUCUCAGGGAGAAAACUGCAGGGCUGGUUGUCUUACAGGCUCAAGUACAAGCUCUGGAGGAGAGUGCAUCAUCCAGAGUGGAAGAGCUGGGCGUUCGAAUUGAGGAGCUCGAAGGCUUGGUCAGUGAAAAAGACUCAGAGAUAAGCCACUGUCGCUUCCUUCUGGAGCAGUCUCAAAGUCAUGCAGAGGAUCUCCAGAAGAAGAUGUUGAACCUGGAGGAGCAUCUAAGGGAAAAAGUGGCUGCAGCGUUGGUGAGCCAGGCCACUCUGGAGGCCUUCCAGCAGCAGUCAGUGGAAACGAGACAGGAGCAGGACCCACAGAAACCUCCAGAGCCACACGUUGAACCACAAAGCUAUGAAUUUGGUGAUUUUGGCAUCCCCCAAAUGGAUGUCAGCAGAUUGGGUCAACAAACACAAGUGCCCACCGGGAAGGUGGUUCGUCUGACGCAGAAGCUUCGGGAGCUGGAGGUCGGACUAAGCGGGAUGCAGAAAGACCAGGAGCUGCAGAAGCAGCUGCUUUCCAGCUCUGAGGAGGAGGUGCUCGAGUAUGAAAGGAGGCUGACUGUGCUUGUAGAUCUGCUCAGUCAGAUGAAGGCAGGGACACACCAGAGGACAUCGUUGGCUGUGGAGGCCUCCUCUGAUGACCAGCAGAAUGUGUCGCAGCUUCUUCAGCAGUUACAGGAGGUCAGAGAUGAGACUUCAGCCACCAAAGAGCAGAUGGAGAGCUACAAGGAGAGCUGCAGCAGACUUCAGGAUGACCUCUGUGAAAAAACUGUAACGAUAGAGAGGCUUCAGGAGCAGCUCCAAAAGACAUCAGUUGGUGAGAGCGAAGAGAUGAAGGUGUCGGAGCUUAAACGCCAACUAACAGAGGCUCAAAGUGAGGCAGCGACCACCAAAGAAGAGCUGAACAGCUGCAAGGAGAGCUUGGAGAAACUGCAAGAGCUGCUGCAGGAGCGGGAAAUGACCAUUGCUCACCUCAAGGGAGAACUUUUCCAAGUAAAAGCAGACGAAGACAGAGACAGGUUGUCAGAGCUCACCCAGGAGCUCGAGAAGGUCAAAAACAAUGCGGCUUCCACCAAAGAAGAACUCAAGAGUUACAUGGAGCAUAAUGAGAAACUUCAAGAGGAACUUCAGGUGAGUGAAGGUUCUGUUUCUAAACUCAAGGAGGAGCUUCAGGAGGUGAGAAAGAGCAUGGAUACCACCAAAGAAGAACUCAACAGUUACAUGGAGCAUAAUGAGAAACUUCAAGAGGAACUUCAAGUGAGUGAAGGUUCUGUUUCUAAACUCAAGGAGGAGCUGCAGGAGGUGAGAAAGAGCAUGGAUACCACCAAAGAAGAACUCAACAGUUACAAGCAGCACAAUGAGAACCUUCAUAAGGAACUUCACACCCGUGAAAUCUCAAUUUCUAAGCUCCAAGGGGAGCUCCAGGAGGUACAAACAGUCUUGAUGAAGACAGCAGAGUCUGGUCCUCCGUCCCCUUCUCCCUCUUCCUCUCCUUCUCCAUCUCCCUCUUCUCCUCAGCCUAUUUCCUCUACCACCUCCUCCUCCACCACACAGCCCAAAAGGAAAGGAAGCAAACAGCCAGCUGGUAAAGGAAGCAGCACCAAAGACAAAGCAUCUCUCUCCAGAAAAAACUCCACCCCUUCUAGCCAAUCCUCCAACAAAUCUUCCAGCCAACUGUUGAGCAGCAACUCAGAGCAGCAACAUGCGACUGUAACAGACUCGUUCACGCAGACCGAACCUCUUCAGAUGUCUGAUCUUAGCCAGGAAAACAAAUCUGCCACCAAAGAGGAGAUGGAGGAAGUGAUCGGAGAAUACGAGGAGAAGAUCGUACAGAUGCAGGAGCUCCAUGCAGCAGAAAUCCUCGAUAUGGAGGCUCGGCACAUUUCAGAGAGCGAGAACCUCCGCAGGGACACGCAGGCGCUGGAGGACGAAUGCAAAGCUCUGAAGGCCGUCAUAGAAAAAGUGCGGUCUGCUGAGGCUCCUACAUCAAGACAAGACCGCCCUGCGUCUCAGUUCAAAGAUGGCUACACAAGCGACAGCAGCUCAGACUACAGCCAGAGGACAGGAUAUGACCUCCCGAGCCUGCAACAGGAGUUCAGGACGACUCCAGAGGGAGCCAGGAGAGAUGAACCACUGCCAGACCGGAUCAAGACGUUGCUCCGUGAAGUGCACCAAGAAGGCAUGCAGGUUCUUUCUCUCUCAGAGCUCCCACUUUCUGAAAGCGAGCCAGGCGACCGGUUCAACGUCCAGGGCUGGGUGAAGGAGCGAGACGCCCUGCUGGAUACUAUAGAGUCCCUAAAAAACUUCAUCAGCCAGAUGCAGACACACAGAGAAUCACAGAUGUCCGGCAGUGUAGACUGGCGUGGAGAGCUCCUGGAUGCAGUUCGGCAGGUGUUUAUAAAGGAGCGCAACGUGCUGAAGAAUGCCCUCUACAGCCAGCUGGACCUGCUGGACACCAGUGACGCCAUCAUUCACCUGAAUCAGCUGGAGCGGAGACUGGCUGAGCAGGACGCCCAGCACAGAGAGGCGAUGGGUUCACUCCGCACUGCAGAAAGGUCCAGUCUCAUCUCUGAGAUUCAUCAGCUCCGUGGCCAACUAGAGCAACUCCACCAAGGUGCCCGGUCUGCUGUCUCAUUGGCUGGUGAAGGUAGCAUAAAGGAGCAGAGGGAACGAGUUGGAGCUGAUGGAGCCGGGGGGGCUGACAGGCUGCUAGUGGAGGAGCUAAAGGGUGAACUGUCUCAGACUAAACUGGAGCUGGAGACAACCCUCAAAGCUCAACACAAACACCUCAAAGAGCUGGACACACUCAGGGCGGAGGUAUCCCAGAAAGCCGCAGAGGUGGACGCACUAAAUGAUGAGCUGACAGAGGAGAGGAAGAAGAGCAGAGAUCUUCAAUGGGCCAUGGAGAAGGAGAAGUGUCAAACUGGGAGGACCGAGGAGAGCAGACGAGAAGAGCUGGAGGAUCUUCAGCUUUCUCUGGAGGAGCAGAAGAACCACGUAGCACAGCUGAAACUGACUGUGGAGCAGGAGCGACAGGCCUCCUCUCAGCUCUCCCAUCAAGCUGAAGAGGAGCGUCUCAGCCUCCACAGGCGCCUGCAGGAGCUCCAGGUCCAGCUUGAAACAGAGCGAGCUAAGGCCCAAGAGAUGAGCACUGCUCUGGGGAGAGAGAGAGAUCUGCGGACUGGCGUUUCCUCUGAUGGUGGUCACCUCCAUGAGGAGCAGGUUCAGAAGGAUGGGAGAAGCUCUGAAGAGGGAGGAGGUCUUCUGGAAAGACUGCAAAGGGAGCUGGACGACAAGCACGCACAGGUGGUGGAUCUACUCAGUCAGGUUGAGGCCCAGAAGCUUGAGGUGGUACGAAAAGAGGAGGAGCUGACGCUGGUGAGUCAGAGAUCCAGAAGAGACCAAGAGGCACUGCUAGAGGCUCAGGCCAAGCUGGAGAGGCUGGAGGCAGAAAUGGCAAAGGUCCAGGAGCAGCUGAGAAGAGAGCUGGAGAACAGACAGAGUCUGGAAGAAGAGAAUGAGAGACUGGAGGGAAGACUGAACCAGUUAGGAGAGCAGAGGGAGGGGACGGGACCUGUGGAGGCUGAUGGCCGGAGUCAGGCUGUGUGGCACAGUGACUCCACGGACCGCACCAAAGACUGGGUGCUCCAGCAAAAGAGCGGAAACCUCCACACAGAAAGCUCCAGCGCGUCCCCUCACAAAGAGGUCUCUUCAACAGGCCACAGCAGUGGGCCGCAUCACGGCCCGUGGCGCACGGUGGACAGGAUUGUGAGCAAACUCCAAGUCAUCUCCUCAAAGGUCCGCAGCAUGCCGAGCAAAACCACUGGCAGGCUUACUGCAGAGGUGGACAGUGAGGAGUUGUCCUGGGUCCAGUCCAGUCUCGAUGAGGUCAUCACCCUGCUGCAGCAGUCCCCUGGUCUACCCUCCGUCCCUGAGAGUGCGUCCCUGCUGGCAGGAGGCUCCUCCAGCUCCUCCAACACGCUGACUGAGCGGCUGCUGAGGCAGAACGCAGAGCUGACAGGUUUCGUCAGCCGUCUGACCGAAGAGAAGAAUGAUCUGAGGAACCACACGCUCCGCUUGGAAGAAGAACUGCGACGCUAUCGGCAGGUUGGACUGGGGUCAGGCGACAGUUCCAGCAGACGAGGAGCAUCAAAGAUGGACUCUGCAGGGUUGCUGCUUUCUCAGGAGCGGGAAGCUUGGGCUCGAGAGAAGAUCCGUCUGGAGAAAGCUUUGCAUUUAGCUCAGUCUCAGGUGGCUAGACUCAGGGGAGAGAUCAGGUCCGAGAACCUGCGAGAGAUUACCGGGCCUGAUGCCGACAAUGCUGCCCUCAAGAGGAUGUAUGGGAAGUACCUGAGGUCAGAAAGCUUCCGUAAAGCACUGAUCUACCAGAAGAAGUACCUGCUGUUAAUGCUGGGUGGUUUCCAGGAGUGUGAGGAGGCCACGUUAUCACUCCUGACCAGGAUGGGCGGUCGGCCGUCGCUCUCCAGCCUGGAGUCCCUCAGUCAGCGGUGCAGGGGUGCGAUGCGCUUCCGCUCUAUCGCCAGAGUCUCUAUCGCCCUCUCCAGAAUGCGUUUUCUCGUGAAGCGAUGGCACAGGGCGACGGGAAUGAGCUCCACGGCCUCCUGUGCUGUUAGUAAGAACGGAACAGGACAGAUCUUAGGUACAGAGGCGAGGGAUUCCCCUUAUCUUCACCCAGGUGGUCCGGAGAUGUACAGAGAUAGAGGAAGCGGCGGGGGAGGAAUGUCUAGCAGCAGGGGGAGAAGUGGGCGGGAAUCCCCUCGAUCGGCUGUCUCCUCCACACAUCACAGGUUUCACAUGUCUGGAGACCACGGACCGCUCACCUGUUCCCACUUGCAGAACUACGACCCCGACCGAGCGCUCACCGACUACAUCUCCAGGCUGGAGGCCCUGCAGAGGAGGCUGGGCAGCGUGACAUCAGGUGCUUCUUCAUAUGCUCAAUUGCACUUUGGCUUGAGAAGAUAGAUGCUGACACGUUAACUUUGGCUUGAAGAAACUCAGUUGCCUUUUUCUCGUGCUGAGCGCUCUGCUGUUUUCUACCAUUCUGGUGUGGACUGUAUCUUUCCAUGUGGACCAAAACACAUUUUUUAUCAGUGUACGACAUGUUGUAUUCAGGCUUUUUGUUGGUCGCCGGCACUUGGAAAAACAGCUACGUUUGUAAUUUAAUCUGCCUCUUUGUUGUGGAUGAUCUACAAUCAUGUAUAAUUUGUCUAAUGCUAAUUUAAGACUUUGUGAUUAAUUUAUAUGUUUGUGUUGUAUGGGUGGAGCGUUAUGUAGAGGAUGUUUGGGUUUACUGUUAAGGAGGCUGCUGCUGGAUAUUCUACACUACACUGUGUUUUGUUUAGGCCGGACAGACUACAGAGGACAUUUGUAGAGAACGUAUUUUUGUAAAGCGUUAGGAGCUUUGAAUUUUCUGGGUAUUUUGUCAAAAACUGAAAUAAAGAGG